AGCACCGCUGACAACGUCCUCAAGACUGCCUGAGAAAAUGGCAGCCUUCGCGGAGCUUGGGCUAUCGUCAUGGCUAGUGGAACAGUGUCGGCAGCUCGGCUUGAAACAGCCCACGCCCGUGCAGCUCGGCUGCAUUCCAGCCAUUCUGGAAGGUCGGGAUUGCUUGGGCUGUGCCAAGACAGGCAGUGGCAAGACAGCAGCAUUUGUCCUGCCCAUCUUGCAGAAGCUGUCAGAGGAUCCCUAUGGCAUCUUCUGCCUGGUCCUCACACCCACCAGGGAGCUGGCCUACCAGAUCGCAGAGCAGUUCCGGGUGCUGGGGAAGCCGCUAGGCCUGAAAGACUGCAUCAUCGUCGGUGGCAUGGACAUGGUGGCCCAGGCCCUGGAGCUCUCCCGGAAACCACACGUGGUGAUCGCCACACCGGGGCGCCUUGCUGACCACCUCCGCAGCUCCAACACCUUCCACAUCAAGAAGAUCCGCUUCCUGGUGAUGGAUGAGGCGGACCGGCUGCUGGAGCAAGGCUGCACCGACUUCACGGCUGACCUGGAAACCAUCCUGGCGGCCGUGCCAGCGCACAGGCAGACGCUGCUGUUCAGCGCCACGCUCACUGACACGCUCCGGGAGCUGCAGGGCCUGGCCACCAACCAGCCCUUCUUCUGGGAGGCGCAGGCUCCGGUGCGCACUGUGGAGCAGCUGGACCAGCGCUACCUGCUGGUCCCCGAGAAGGUGAAGGACGCCUACCUGGUGCACCUGGUGCAGAGCUUCCAGGACGAGCACGAGGAUUGGUCCAUCAUCAUCUUCACCAACACGUGCAAGACCUGCCAGAUCCUGUGUAUGAUGCUCCGCAAGUUCAGCUUCCCCGCGGUGGCCCUGCACUCCAUGAUGAAGCAGAAAGAGCGCUUCGCCGCCCUGGCCAAGUUCAAGUCCAGCAUCUACCGGAUCCUAAUUGCCACAGAUGUGGCCUCACGGGGCCUGGACAUCCCCACAGUGCAGGUGGUCAUCAACCACAACACCCCCGGCCUUCCCAAGAUCUACAUCCACCGGGUCGGCCGCACAGCCCGUGCAGGGCGGCAGGGCCAGGCCAUCACACUGGUGACGCAGUACGACAUCCACCUGGUGCACACCAUUGAAGAGCAGAUCAAGAAGCAGCUGGAGGAGCUGCCGGUGGAGGAGGCCGCAGUGCUGCAGAUCCUCACACAGGUCAACGUGGUCCGCAGGGAGUGCGAGAUCAGACUGGAGGCCGCCCGCUUCGACGAGAAGAAGGAGACCAACAAGCGGAAGCAGCUCAUCCUGGAGGGGAAGGACCCCGACCUGGAGGCCAAGCGCAGGGCCGAGCUGGCCAAGAUCAAGCAGAGAAACCGGCGCUUCAAGGAGAAGGUGGGGCAGGCACUGCAGCGGCGCCAGGAAGCCGACCGGGCAGGCCGUGGGAGGGAGCUGCCCCGGACCCCGAAACCCGCCCAGGGCCAAGCCUGAGCAUCCCCUGUGGAAUCCGUGGACGGACACAACAGCCCAAGGGGCAGAGGACUGCUGGCUCGGUGGCGUAGGCCCGGGAUGGCGCCCCAGAAAGGCUGCUCAAUAAACCGGU